AUCAGUGGAACGAUUUUGUAUGCAGAUAUCAAGUUACCAGCUGUCAUCCUCAUGCACCUUUGAGCGAAAAAUCUAAGUUUUUGCCAGAAAAAGUGUAUUUUACCCUAUUGCAACCUUCAGAGGAAAGGAAUCUUGCAUGGUUUUCAGAACCCGUUUUUUCUGAUUUCGAUUUGGAAGAUUUUUACUUUUAAAAGUAUGGCUGCUAUCAUUCAACAUCAACCAUCAAUAUCUAUCUGUUCAUCUUUGCCACAAAUGACAUCCGACGUGAACGGGAAUAAGAUUACAAACACUUCUACAACGUGUAAAACGAGAUCCCAAACGAAUUCUAACCUCCAGAAACUGAAGCGCAAAAGCGGCUCCCGAAACGCCAACUCUUCAGAAUCCGCAUCAUCUGGCGGUGCUGGCGGAGAGAAAGGUGGAAGCGUUGCCAAGGCAUCGGCCGUGCGGUCGGCGCCGAAAGAGAAGGAACCCCAUCUCGUACAGCGGAGGAAUGCCAGGGAAAGACGUCGCGUUCAGCUCGUCAACGACGGCUUCAUUCGACUUCGACGAAAAAUUCCUACCGAACCCAGGAACAAGAAACUCUCAAAAGUCAAGACGCUUCGAUCAGCCAUCAAUUACAUACUCCAUCUUCAACAGAUGAUAACGGAGUCGGACACACAGCAACAGAGGAUGAUUGAGUAUAGUGGUCCGCAUCAUUCCCAUCAUGGUCAUCAUCAAGCGGGUGGCUACGGCUUAGGUAUGGGUGGACUUAUCGCUGGCCAUCCAGGACCUCAUCCUCAAAUGCCCCCUCAACCAUCAGGCGGAGCCUACGAGUGGGACCAUUAUGCAGAAAAUCAACCCAUGGCAAAUGGUUACGAUUACCCACAAGAGACCACUGGAGGCUAUUACUACUAACCCUUGACCAUAACCAAUGGCAACCCUCCAACGAGUGCACUGAGGGAAACUAUGUUCCAAAAUUAAGAUGGACCAAGUGGAGAGGGGCUCGUUUAACUUGACUGACGUCGGAGGCCGACGGUAAAACUGAAAACGUUCCCAAGGCGCCGCAGCAGCCGCCAUGAAUACUCCUGAUCGAGAAGUUUGUCAGCAAAGACUUGGCGGAACAAGAUGUGAUUGGCCAUCCACUGGACAUUCCAAGCCAAGCGAGGUCCCUGUCACAGACGGACAUUUAUUUCUUGCUAACAUGACUGAUGGUGUUGUUACAAUGUUCUUGUAAAUGUUCUAGAAAAUGAGAUUUCCCAUGAGAAAGACUUAUUAGUUUGAAAAUCUUGAACAGAAUAUGAAUUGGAUGCCAUCAUCAUGCUCACCAGAACCGUGCAAACAUUCUUUCCCAAUACCUCCAUCACCAUGAUCAUGCGUCAUAUUUACACAUAAUCGUGUU